UUAACUUUUGUAUAUAUUUUCAGCUCUUGAUUUCCCAGAUGACAGGUGAUAGUGCCAAGGAGACCCUUUGCCAAGUGGUAGAAAGACAGCCCGGUCUUAUUUUUGACAUCCUAGACAGAGUUGCUAGUGGACAGGGUCAGCCAGGGUAUCACCCUCAGCCUGGAAGUUCAGCCCCUCAAUGGUGCUAUUGUUCUCAUUGUUACGAAAUGCCAACAAAACAUGCUGUCUAUCGCCAGUUCACCAUGUGGGGCCAGUGCCGUUUGGGAGCUGGAGUAAGGCUGGUCAUACCAAGUUGUUGUGUCUGGGUUAUAAGAGACAAGUACCCAGACUCGUUCGGACAAUAUACAGGCUUUAUUUCCAGCAGACUUGCGUAACUUUCUGAUAAUAUUUUAUCCAACAAGUUUAAAAAAAUUCAAUAUUUAACCAACACAGUAUAGUCACUCUACAGUAUAGUCACUCUAUAAGUUUAUAUGCCGACAGGGCGUCUGUCCAUCUGUCAUCUCAGAGGAUAAACAUUAUUGGGUAAAGGUUUGUGUACUUUAACAGAUUUUUUUUUUAUUUGGUAGGAACAUAACUUGGGAAGUGUUAAACCUUUGGAUC